GUUUAUUAACCGGAAGUUUAUCACUUGUCACACUUCUGCGGAGGUGACCGGUAACUACUCCCGGUCCUUACGUUAACGGAGGUUCCGAGUGACGUCACGGAACCAGCUUAACGUUAAACUACCGCAGAGGUGUGUGUGUUCCCGCGGUCUUACCGGAUCGUUCCCGCGGUCUUACCGGUGUUCCCGCGGUCUUACCGGAUCCAGCUGCCUCCAGCCCUGAAUCUGCUCCAUGUUCCGGCUCGUCGGUGUGAAUCCUCUGUGAAUAACCCGGUGCAUGACGGGAACACACCUGAGGACAGGAACUCAUUCUAAAGAUGUCAGUGCUGCGGUGCAUUGUGGGUGGACUGCGUCUUCCUUGGGUCCAGCAGACAUUUGUCUCCUCACCAUCUCUGACCUCAGCGAGUGUCCUUGUCAGACCACGUCCUCCUCGACUUCCUCUGCAGCGUCUCCUGUCUGCGGGGGGGGGCUCGUCAGUUUCAGCAGCGAAGCUGAAGCUCAGGACUCGUCUGUUGGUGACUCUGCUGUUUGGCGGCGGCGUGCUGACCGCCUGGUGGUACGUGUACGAGGAGAAGCAGCAGAGGUUGCGGCAGCAGCGCAUUGAGCAGCUACGACAGGUGGCUGUGGGUCAGGGGAACUUCAGUCUCCUGGACCACAGGGGGCAGCGCAGGACCAAGCAGGACUUCCUGGGCAGCUGGGUGCUGCUGUACUUCGGCUUCACGCACUGUCCUGACAUCUGCCCCGAAGAGCUGGAGAAGAUGAGCUCCGUGGUGUCGGCUCUGGACCGGGAGGCCUCACUGCCGCCCGUCCAGCCGCUCUUCAUCACCGUGGACCCGGACAGGGACGACGUGGCGGCGCUGGAGCGGUACGUCAAAGACUUCCACCCCCGUCUGAUCGGACUGACCGGAUCAUCAGAGGAGGUGAAACACGCGGGGCGGGACUACAGAGUGUACGCCAGCCCUGGACUCAAAGACGAGGAUGGAGACUACAUCGUGGAUCACACCGUCCUGAUCUACUUGAUCAGUCCUGAUGGGCUCUUCCUUGAUUAUUACAACAGAACCAAGAACGAGGAGCAGAUCAGCGAGAGCAUCAAGAACCACGUCAGGAACCAGGUCAAGCUCGGAAAAGCUUGAUGAGACGCGGCGCUUCACUUCACAGACCCGAGUCUGAUUCCUCAAACAACAAAAGAUUCAAAUCUGAAGUUGUUCAGUUUCUUCGACCAGAAGAUUAAAACUCUGAACGUCCUCAGUGAGUUUGAACAGAAGACGUGUUUUUGAGACAUGAGGACGGAUUCAAGUCGUCUUCAUCUCGUCUCAUAGAGUUGAGCUGCGACUGUCCAUCGACGAAAAGUUCUGCUGUUGAUUUAUCUGAGUUUGUUUGUUUUUGUCUGAAAAUAAAGUGAAAAUAAACGGAA